AUCUAUAAUCCAAAAAUUCGUAGGGUUGGGAGAGGAAACCCAUUUGUUGUAUAAGAGAGUAGAGAGAGAAGGAAGAGAGAGAUAUAGAAGGAAGGAGAGGCGGUUCAUUUGGUUUUUUCGUGUGGUCCAGAGAAAGGAAAAAAAGAGUCGCCUCUGCUCUAUAUAGGAAAAAAAUAUCUCCUCAAUCUCUCUCUAUCUCCUCCUCCGCCUUGUGUCCGCUUCCCUUUUCCUCCCGAUCCCCGAUUCAUCAAGCUUCCACCCCCUUUCUCAGCAUUUGAAGACUAACGCUGCACAAGAGCAUUGUAGUGGUUCUGUUCUACUAAUUCAAUCCAAGGUUCAUGUCUGAGUUUGACAAUCAGAUUCCAUCUGCAUAUGACCCUUUUGCUGAUGCAAAUGCUGAGGACUCCGGCGCGGGUACAAAAGAGUACGUUCAUGUGCGCAUCCAGCAGCGAAAUGGGAGAAAAAGCCUGACUACUGUGCAAGGGUUGAAGAAAGAGUUCAGCUACAACAAGAUACUCAAGGACUUGAAGAAGGAGUUCUGCUGUAAUGGUACAGUUGUCCAGGACCCUGAGUUAGGCCAGGUUUGUAUAGAAACCAUCCCUCCCUCCCUCUUGAUGGAGUUCAUUUUCAUGUCCUAUCCCAGUUUGUUGUCUGACUGAAAUUUUUGGACUUUGUGCGUGUAUUGCAGGUCAUUCAGCUUCAGGGCGAUCAGAGGAAGAACGUCUCCACAUUCCUUGUGCAGGCUGGGAUUGUGAAGAAGGAGAACAUCAAGAUCCAUGGUUUCUAGAAGUUGCAAGAUCAGCGAGAUCUUGUUAUCUACCUAAUAGACUUUCAAGUUGUUUAGAAAGAAAAAGGGUGAAGAGAUCUCACAUAUGCAUGUGAGUUGAGGUGGGAUUGAAAGGUUGGGGAUAAUAGUAUCCAGAAUUUGUUGCUUUCUAAGUUUGCGCUGUGUUGCUGUCUUGGAUCAUCAGCAAACUGAAAACCAGUUUUUAGUUGGGGUGGUGUUUUAUGUGUCUUCAGACUUGCUGGAUGCUGUAUGGAGUGCCGUCAUUGCUUAAUGAUUGGUUCUCGGAAUAAAAUAUGUUGGUCUCGUAACCCCUGCGUAGUUUUAUCUAUAAUGCUGUAUCGGUUGGUCGAUGUGGUUUGGUCAUGCUUUUAACCCGGUGUUAGCAUCAACCUCCCUGUUUUGAUGUUUGAAUCACGUGUGAUGGCUAGGGCUAGUUGUCAAAUGCUUUUCACCGACUAAAGAUUUCUC